AUGAAGAUCCUCAACGCCCUUCUCACGUUGUCGGCCCUGGCGGUCAGCAUCGACGCCCUUCCAGUCUCGGUAACUAAAGACGAGGAUGCCCAGACUUUCCAUGACAUGUCUCUGCAUGAAACCAGCAUCAUAGCCCGCCAGGCCCAGCCUCCUCAGCCUCCUCCAUCGGCCUUGAUUCCCGACGCAACACCUGAAGACGACAUGGAUGAAUUCGAAGAAGUGGAGGAAGUCGACGAUGUCACGAAUCCAGGAAAGGUCGAAGCCGAGGGCAAGAAAAAGAAGAAGAAGAAGAAGAAGGGCAAGAAGAAGGGCAAGAAGGAGAAGAAGCCCGAGAAGCCGGACGCCAUCCCGGCUGAUGGAGCUCAACCGCCGGCUGCUGGCGCUCAACCUGCGCCCGCAGCCGGUGCCCAGCCUAUUCCCGCAGCCGGUGCCGCUCCGGCCGCUGCCCCGGCCAAGGCACCAGCUCCCGGAGCACCUGCAGCCGCUGCUCCCCCACCCGCCCCAGCGCCGGCGGCUCCUCGCUCGGUUGCCAAGGCAUUCAAGGCCUAG